GUCAGUCGGGGUCCUGCUCUUAGACAGGACACUCCGAGCCUCUUUAACACGAGCUGACGUUCAAACAGCUGCCUGUAAAUCGGAGUACUCUAUAUCCUGGUCAAUCAGGCUAUCACGGACCAGCUCUUCGUACGUAUCCCGGCCUCUUCGUCAUCAAAGAUAAAGAAACGAGUUUUCGAUCGUCGCGAUUCCGCGAACAUCUCGCAUUUGUAAAUUCUUCGGAGGUUCGGAUUUGGAACAAAUUUCGGAAAAGAAAAUAAAGAGAUCGGAUUCGAGAAAUCGAAUUUCAAUCGAUUCUCUUCAUCGAUCUCUUGGUGAAACGACGUAAACUUCUGAAAGAAGAUUCGAUUGUCCGAUCGCGAGACCAGUUUCGUCCUCGAGAACACUUUCAAGCUUGCCGUUCGUUUCACACAGAAACAAACUCGUGCGCGCGUUUUCACGACAGUGCAAGAGAACAAACGUGUGCCGAGAGUUUGACGUUUCCUGCAGAGAUUUGUGUGAUUCGCACUGUAAACAAUCUGUCAGCGUAAAGUGCGCCAGCGUAACUGGCCAGUGUGCGGCUUCAUGAACGACGUAAAAUUUUAACGCACUUUUUUUCGUCACACGACAUCUCGAACGUGAUGUGCGAAGCAGUGCCGCGAACCUGGCAUAUGAAACCGGAACUUCAUUGCAAUCCCGUGGGAGUUCCGGCGGGCGCGUUAUCACCCCCGGCCACCCUGUCGCCACCCGGCAGCCCGAGCGUAAUCACACUGUCAUCUUCGCCUUGGAGCCCAGGUGUGCCAGGCAGCAGUUCGAGUACCAUCACUUCUAACAGCGCGUCUUCUGGUCUUUGUCAACCCGUUUCCGAUCGUUUUAGCGCUUUCACUCUCGUCUCAAAUUACAACCCUGAUCAACGAUUGCAAAGUCUACCACUUAGCGCUAGCGCCACCGCGAGAGACAUGCGUUGUGGUCUCAUGUACAGUAGUUACGGGGCAUCCGGGGGUGCCUGGUGGGCUCGUCACGUGGGUCUGUUGUUGCCACAUUCCUUCCUUCCGCCCACGAGAAUUCCGUCUCAUCAAACUACGCCGGUAACAAAUUGUUCACCUAUUCAUUCGGAACCUCUCAGUCCGACCCGUCCCGCAUCACCGCGAAGAUGUACACCGGAAAAAGCCAAAUUCGAGGAAGAAGUUCCGUUGAAUCUCAGUACAAAACCGAGCGACGUCUCGUCGAGUAUCGGUAACAGGAAAAGUGAAAUCUGGUCACCGGGUUCGGUGUGCGAGAGGGAGGCCAGGGAAACGAGAGCACCGUCCUCCAGGAGUCCGUCUUCGACCCCUAUAAUUACGCGGCAAAUUCAUCACUCGCCACUUACGCCGCCUUCCUCGACGGAGAGGACUUUUCAAUGCAAGCAGUGCGGAAAAGCCUUCAAACGGUCAAGCACACUCAGCACUCACCUACUCAUCCACUCCGACACGAGGCCUUAUCCCUGUCAAUAUUGCGGCAAGAGGUUUCAUCAAAAGUCGGACAUGAAGAAACACACCUACAUCCACACCGGUGAGAAACCCCACAAGUGCGUCGUUUGCGGCAAGGCGUUCUCUCAAAGCAGCAACCUGAUCACUCAUAUGCGCAAGCACACGGGCUACAAGCCAUUUCAGUGCGGUCUCUGCGACAAGGCGUUUCAGAGGAAGGUCGAUCUGCGAAGGCAUCGGGAGGGUCAGCAUCCAGCGGCGCCAGCGCUCGAUUAUCGCUCCCUGCAGAUACCGCCGAAUAGCAAUCGGCACUCGCCGAUACCGUCGCACUCGACCGCACCGCCUUCGACCGGUUAUCAUAUGAUACCCGGCACUCCCGGCAGUAGCUGAGAUUUGUUCGUCUGACAGACGCUUCAUCUGUGAAAAAUGACGCGCACUCAACUGAAUAAUAAGCGUCCCGCGCUCGUAGGGGGUAGGUAUAUGUCGUUGAAAUCGGCGAUGAAAAAACUGCCCGUCAUCGUCAAUUAAAUCGUACUGUGAGAUCCCAGUAACUGGUUUCUGUGUGGUGUUUAAUCGGUUCGGCGAAAAUAACAAUAAUGCGUUACGAGUAAUCAUGCAUGGGCACCAUUCAUGUACUAAACGUAUUUAUUUGUGUGAAAUAGCGGCGCACACCGACGUUUCUUAUCACAAGCGAGUUCGUUGCGCGAAGUUGAAGAUUGACGUAACAAAUACACAACUCAGUGACCGUAUGCAUUAUCACAAGGUAGAGAUUCAAGAUGUGUGAAUAGAAAACACAAUCUGCCGUGUCAAAAAAGUCACUGUCUUCUUUUGCGAUUUCCACUUAUAAGUUCAGAGAAAUAGACACAUUUCUUAUCACAAUCGAAUACAUCCUUUUGAGCGUCGUAUCAGAGAUACAUUUACGGAGCGUGUGAUUAAACAGAAUGUAUCAACGAGUUCUUACAUCGAGCUGUUUUGAAAUAUUUCUCUUGUAAACUCUACUUGUCGUGUAUCACUCUCAAUAUAUUCGAAGUAUGUUAAAGCGCGUCUAAAUACAUAAAUAAUAUUCGUGUGUUUAAAAUAUGUUCAUUGAGCUCCGUGCAAUAUGCUCUUAAAUACACAUGUUGAAAAAUUAUUUUUAAUACGUCUCUUUUCUUUUCUAGCUCACAUGUGUACAAAUUUUACAGAGAGAUCGUUUACGUGUGUUAUUUAUUUAAUAAAAUUAUUGAAUAAUUGAAUCAUCGGUUUUAACAUUUAUGUAUAAUUGUUAGACAUGUAUACAUAUGUGUAUAUAUAAGUGACUAUUUUGAUGAUAACAAACAUAUGCGCAUAAGUGACAAAACUACGAAAAAAUGAUAACUUAUAAAAAAACAGUAUUUUUGUUGCUUUUACUUUGUAAUUGAUAUAUCCUGAGCUUAUAAAAACUGUGACAAAAACCAAGUUGUAUACAAAAUGUGUAUUGUAUCGAGCUCUGAGAGAGGAAGAGAAAAAGAGAGAGAGAGAGAGAGAGAGCUAAUUGUAAAUAUAUAAUACUGUUUGUUUAUAUUGCACAUGUUUUAUAGUCCAUUGAAACCAAAGUCGCCUAUGUUUGUAAAGAAAAAUCAAUCGAAUAAAUUAGUUCAACAAUGUAUAUUGCUAAAUCAAAAAUUAUUGUCAAUUAGUCCGAGAUAAAAAUAUCACGUCACUUUGAAACCGUUUUACAAUAAAUAU